AUGGCCCUCUCUUGGCGAAACGCAGCCAGGAGUCGAGGUCGGAGGCGUCUCUACGUAAUGCGCCGACUGCGCAAGCGCAGGCAAGACCACAUGGCUUUGCAGCUGUGGAAAUCGCGCAGCUUGUUGUGGCAUUUGCCGUGGGCAUGUCGACGAGUGGAGGACUUGUUGCACUGGAAGGCUUUCUUCACGAAGAUCGUCCACAAGAUUGAACUGCGGCUCCAGGCACCAAGGUGUUCAAGGAGCCGGUCGCUUCCAUGGCAGCCCCAUCCCCGGCAGCCGACUACCCUGCGAACGGAGGAGCAGUGCCGCCUUCUGGCUGAUGGGUUGGACGAGCUGCUCCUGCAGCAGCGCCCAGACGAGGUGCUGUGCACCCGCUUUGGUGCUGAACUGACACGGCGGCAUCUGUCGUGCCUUCUGCCCGACCAGUGGCUCAACGAUGAGGUCGUGAACUGCUACAUGAAGCUUCUACAGGAAUGCAGCGAGGGCCAGGUUUGGUGCGCCAACACCUUCUUCUGGAAUAAGCUGGAGGCUGGCGGUCACGCCGCAGUUCAGCGUUGGACUAGGCGUGCUGCAGUCAAUGUCGCGGAGUUGCGUGCCAUCCUUGUGCCGUUGCACUUGGAAGGCUGCCACUGGUCGCUCGCCAUGGUUCACAUCCCCAGGCGUACCAUUUCGUACUUUGAUUCACUGAGCCUGCCGGUCCCAAACCUCUUGGGGCAGAGGCUCACGGAAUUCAUGGCGGCCGAGGUCGCAUCUUUUCCUGGACGUCGCCUAGAUCUGCAAGUGGACCACUGUUUGCCGCAACAGGAAAAUUCGUCUGACUGCGGCAUUUUCAUGCUGGUUUAUGCUGAGCGUCUGGUCAUGGACCUGCCAAUUGGACUUGACACGUUCCUGUCCGGGAUCGAGGAGAAGCGCCUCGCCAUCGCGCUGGCCAUCCUUGAGGGCAAGCUAAGUCUCACAAGCAGGGAGCGACGGCAGGAAAACACCAGCUGCCCAGGCCCAGCCCCAGCUUCAACGCGCAUUCUGUUUGGCAGCUCCCACAUGGAGCCCCGCCGACAAACCUCCUCUCACCCCUGCACACGGUGGAGGUUGGAAAGUUUGGAUGACUGUGAGUCUGCUGCUGGUAAAGUUGAAUCGAGAUCUCAUGUCUACAUGUGCAGGCGCUUGCAAGCUACUUCUGACAGCACCUGCAAACCCCAGAAACACCACAUGCCUGCCUCAGUCCGGAGUCUUUUCAUGUCGACUGAACUUCUUGCGCAUGCUCAUGGGUUGCUAGACGUUCACAGAACCUACUUGAUCCCACUUGCAGCUGAGCCGCUGCAUCAGUAA